AAAAAAUAGAGCCAAAUCAUCAGGGCUACGCAAAGAUACAGUAUCAGAUGAGUUUUCAUUUGAAUUCUCAACCAAAAAGGAUUCCUUUGAGGACAUGCCCUUGAAAUCAACUAAGUCUACCAUGCUUUUCUCAGAGGAUAUCAUUGAACUCAUCAUUUCAGUAGACUUAAAAGCACUUGACGAAUCAGAGACACACUUCAAGUCCACUGCAAAACUUUCAGGGAAAGUUAUCAGAUUAUCAUUUGAUUGAAAGUUAUCCCUCUCAAAUUCCCACUGCGUGCUCUCCUCUCUCUUCCAAAAGCUCUUGAUUCUUCUCUUUUUCUCUCGAUUGUAAUCUUUUUCCUUCUCUCUGUUCCUGUAUUCAUGGGGCUAGGGGACUCGUUCUGAACCCAGCCUCCUCUCUCCUUCGAAUCUUCUCACGUUUUCUCGAUUUUCCCUCUCAAUCCAUGCCCUGGUUUUCAGAUCUGGUCCCUUGGGUCGGUUCUCUCUCACUCUAUCUACAGGUCCGGGUUUGAUACCCACGAGUGAUUCUCGGUUUCUCUUGCUUCUUGGCCUCAACUAUGAUAGCGGCUGCCAUGGAAGCCAAUGCCAACGUCAAUGCCCUUAACGGCCGGACCGAAUUGCUUACCCAGCUCUGUUUGGCUUCAACAAUUAACACAAAUUUCUCAUGGGUUAUUAUUUCGUAGAGAUUUUUCACAACUCUAUUUGAGAAGAAGAAGAAAGUAUGGAAGAGAGACGCUGGGGAGAGAUGGGGGAUCAAAGAUGAAGAAUUGAGAGGGUUGCGCGAAGGUAAUUAUGUAAUUUUAUAUACUAUUUUUGGAUUAAAGGACGACAUUUCUUGAUGAUGACUGCACUUCCUCAUCCACAACCACAAUUGAGUGGUUGCUAAUUGCCACGCACCUUCAUUCCUGGAAACAUCCUCUUAACUUUCUCAUUGACUUACCCUCUACUUUAAGUUCUUCCUUCUCCAUGAUUGGCUCCAUCAACUUCUCUCAUCGGAAUCAGAAAGAAUCAGUCUUGCAAUUGAUACUUCUAAUUGAAUCAGCUUUGUCAUCACUGUCCAACUUCCUUUCUGCUAGCUGCAGGUACACUCUCUUGCUAUUUAGGUCUUCAAUCUCGAUUUUGUUAUGGUUAUAUGUAUGUUCUCUUUAGAAUAUGUAUACACAAACUGAACCUGCUGCUACUUCUAGUAAUUUGUUUUGCUUGGUCUAAGUUAGUUAUCAGUGUCCACUUCUUUCUAAACCUCUAGGGUUGUUUCCUUUCCUCGAAGAUAUAAUGGGUAAGGGGAAAUUGGAGAAAGGUUUAAUACCUUUUUUGGUCCCUCUACUAUAGGAAAAAGCUCAUUUUUAGUCAUUGUACCGAAAAAAUCCCUUUUUUGGUCCUUACUGUUCACAAAUUCGGCCCUUUUUUAGUCCUUCCGUUAAAUUUUUUGACAAGUGACAGUCAAUUAACGAAAUUGUAUAAU